UUAUAGCGAGCAGUCGCGUUUACAAAAUGUUUCGUCUUUUUGUUUAUUUAAAUAUUUUAGGCGCUUUUUUAGUGACCGGUUUGCAUAUCGUGGAACCGGGACCCGAAUAUCCAGCAUCGAAAGGUGCAAUUUGGCCAAGACCGCAAAUGCAAUCGAUAGAAAUUCCUUAUUACAAAUUUGAUAGUGAUAUACUCGAAAUUAAGGUAGUCGAUCACGAUUGCCCUAUUCUGUCGAAUGCCGUCCAACGGAGUCUGGCGGUACUGAGAGAGAUGCUCCGAAUCGCGAGUCCGUAUGUAAACCGCAAUGCGCCACAACAGGUCUUAGAUGAUGAUACAUACGACGGACCACUGAAGAGUCUAAGCAUUUACUUGACAUCACCCUGUGAAGAGUAUCCGCAUUUCGGCAUGAUCGAGAGCUACAAUCUGACGAUCGCCGCUGACAGCACACUCAGGAGCUCAUCGAUAUGGGGAAUACUGAGAGGCUUGGAAAGUUGGACGCACCUGUUUCAUCUCUCAGAUAAUCGUGAUCAAUUGCACAUUAACAAAGGUGAAGUUCACGACUUUCCCCGUUACGCUCACAGAGGACUGCUCGUUGACACAUCACGCCAUUACAUCUCAAUGUCUAAUAUCCUACUCAUUUUGGACGCUAUGGCCAUGAACAAGAUGAACGUUUUUCACUGGCACAUUGUUGACGACCAGAGCUUCCCAUAUCAGAGCGAAAGGUUUCCCGAUUUGAGCCGUCUGGGAGCCUAUCACGAGACCUUGGUUUACACCAAGGAAAACAUUCAGACGGUUAUCGACCACGCAAGGAACAGAGGGAUCAGGGUUAUUCCUGAAUUCGAUGUACCCGGUCACACAAGGUCCUGGGGUGUAGCCAAACCCGACCUCCUGACACAUUGCUACGACCAAGACGGUGACUACGUGGGUCUCGGUCCGAUGAACCCAAUCAAGGACAGCACAUACACCUUCCUGCAGGAACUGUUUCAUGAGGUCCAGGCCUUGUUUCCGGAGAGAUACAUUCACAUCGGAGGUGAUGAAGUCGAUCUAGAUUGCUGGGAGUCGAAUCCAGAAUUCCAGAGAUACAUACAAGAGCACAACCUGACUUCGGUAGCUGAUUUUCACGCUUUAUUCAUGCGCAACACGAUUCCUCUGCUCAGCGAAAACUCGAGACCGAUUGUGUGGCAGGAAGUUUUCGAUGAAGGCGUGCCCCUUCCGAAGGACACUAUCGUGCAAGUGUGGAAGGAAAACGAAGCUCCCGAAAUGUUGAAUAUCCUAAGAGCAAGUCACCAGUUAAUCUAUUCCACUGGUUGGUACCUUGAUCAUCUGAACACUGGAGGCGACUGGACGGAAUUUUUCAACAAGGACCCUCGGGACCUGGUCAACGGCCUCAGGAAAGAUAUCAAUGUUGACAACAUUGUAGGUGGCGAAGCUUGCAUGUGGGCAGAAGUUGUUAACGACAUGAACAUUAUGAGCAGAGUAUGGCCACGAGCUAGUGCUGUAGCUGAAAGACUGUGGGGCCACGAAUCACAGGCAACAUAUCAAGUACACUGUCGCUUAGAGGAGCACACGUGCAGAAUGAACGCGCGCGGCAUACAUGCCCAGCCACCCAGCGGUCCUGGCUUCUGCCUAGGCGUUUAGUGAAUUAAUUAUAAUAUAAGAAUAAAAAAACAUUUCUUCGUUAUUCAAUAAGAGAUGUAACUAUAAUAUUAGCACAGGUUUCAUUCAGAAUUUUCCAACUCCAGCCCGCGGAAAUAUUUAAUCCGGCCCGCCGAGAGUCCAUCCAUCCUAAACAUUCUAGUCAGCAUUUUGGCGCGUAAAAUAAAAUCUGACGUUUAUAAUUGAAAAUCUUCGAAUUUUUAUUGAAAGCUACAUUCGUCAUGGGUGUUUUGAGCUUUCAUUAUCUCACAAUUAAUUAGCUUGCUAUCAUUAUAAUUAUCUCAGCAGUCUGUCACAGGUAUUAGUUUAUUUAUUGGAAAAAAACCAUUCUUUUCACCUAUCGCCACACGUCUCACAUGCCUAA